CAACUUUCGAAGUAAUGGCGCGUUUAAAUCUCAUCCUCUUCGCGCUAUUUUAUUUCUUCUACCACCCAUCAGAAGCCACAUUUUGUCGCCGCCCCAUCGUGAACAAAAGCCACGUGUACAUUUACACCAGCAUAGGAAAAGUACCGGUCGAAGUGCGACGAUGCCAAAUCAACGACGACAAGUACCCCAAAACAGACCAGUACUCCGACAUAACUGAUAAGUGUAUCGCAACUUUUACCGAUGAAUCCCACGGUUCGGGCUUGGAUUCCUACGUUUCCGAAGCCGAUCUGAUCAAGAACGAGAUCUACCUGAAGUCCGGUACCACCUGCAGGUACGAUAUCGGUUUCUGUUUCGAUAGCAAAUCAGGCAACCAGUACGCUGUGGUAUGGGAUGUUGUGGAGAAACCGCAGAUGAAAUGCCCCGAUACCUUGCAUUUGUUGUUCGAAGGCGACGUGGAAUUUUGGCACUUCAAGAAGCAGGAGCAACAGCAGCAGCAGCAGAAUGGGCUGGAGCAGAAGCAGGACCAACGGAAGGAAUUCAAAUAUUUGUUCUACCCGAAGCGAGACGAGAACGCGGCUUUCUACUUGGCCUUGGAGAACAAGGAAGAGUGCCAAGGUAACCAAGUUUGGUACACCGAAGAAGGUUACGUGUUAUCUUUGGUACCACUUAAAACAAAGGGGGUUGAUAUUGUUAGCAAUUAUUUUUCGUACGAUACUAAAGAACAAAUAAGCGAAAGAAUACUGGAGAAUUGCGAGAUCAAAUCCCUACCGGUUAAUGAUUACCCAAAGACAAUCACAGCGAAACAGUUGCUAGAUCCACACAACACCAAAUAUCUACUCAAUAAAUUCAAUGCUAUAUUAAACAAGUACGAUGAUUUAUUAAAAAAGGAACAAGCCUCCACAGCGCUCUUCAUGCGCAAGCAAUUCCAGGAACUCAAACAACAAGCCGAGGCUCUACUUCAACAAAUCAACAACACCAACGAUGAUUUAAACAAAUUAAAAAACGACAAUCGAGCUGUACAAGAAAUCGAACAAAAAAUCGAGAAACUGAUCAAAAACGACGUAGAACAGGAGAAGAAAAACACCCAGCUCAUCAUAUCCAACAAAAAACUAACGCAGCAAUCGAAGCUCGGCGACAUGGACUUGGAGAAACUGGCCGAUAGAGUGGAACUCAUCCAAACCGUCGUCAACACGCAUAUACCGGAAUUCACCGAAAAGUCCGAAGUUAUAGAAAAAUUCACACAGUUAGAAAUCGAAUUCCACCAACAGAUCAAAGAACUCGCCGCCAAUCUGACCAUGGCUCUAAUAGAUGGUGGUACCAAAAGCGGAGUUAAAACCAGCGGUGUCAAAGGCGGUACCGCCAACACUAGAAGAGUACUCGAGCAAAUCGUGCUGCAAAAAUUGAAAUCUUACAACGCCGAUCAAUGCGAAGCAGCGGUAAAUGGCUUGAGGGAAAAAACCCAGUUGAUGAUCGACCAAUUAACCCAAGUAACUUACUCCAACAUAUCCCAAUUGGAGGAUAAAUUGUUGAGUAGUAUAGAAAAACUUUCAGCAUCGAACGAACCAAUGGUUGUGGAUAUUAAAGAGCUGUACACGAAAAUCGAUUCGUUAGAAAAAACCGUUACAGUUAAAUACACCAAAGACCAACCAAAACAAGUAGAAGUACCCACCAAUGAUAUUUUUGAUAAAUUGGAGAGUCUAUUGAGAAGCGACUGGAAAUUGGAGAAGUCUAUCGAGAAAUUACAAGAGGAAAUCGAUGAUCUAUCAGGAAUUCCCGAAAAAAUCAAAGACUUGGAACCUAAAACCGAUUUAUCCCAACAAAAUCGCUACGAACGCUUAGAUUCCUUAGAAUCCGUCGCUGUACAUUUGGAAAGAGACAUUAAAAACAAUAACAUCACUAUCGAUGAAUUGAAAUUGAAAAUUCGCGAUAUUUUAGAUAAAUUACACAGAUACGAAGCGGAUGAAGAAGGUCGGUCGGAUAAGUUUUCCACCAUCGAUGAGCGCAUUAAAGCGAUUUACGGGCUGAUGGAGGAGCAAUCGAAAAUCCACGCGCAAAAGGUGGAAAAAGUCGAAAGCUCAAGCAAAACCAAAAUCACCGAUGCCUUCGGUCAAAUCAAACAGGCACUGAAAGACGUUGAAAAUCAUUUAAGCGAAAACAGCGAGAGAAUAACCAAAUUAGAAAACGAAGAUCACGAUGACGAUAAACUAAUCGACGCUAUUAAAAACGAAUUAACGCAACAAGAAGCCAAUUUGAAGGAAUUUGAAGAUUCAGUUCACAACAAAACCACCAAAUGCAUGCACCACAACAACCAGCAAGACUCCCACAUAACAAACUUACAGAAAAACCUCACCGAUCUAUUCGACAUGCUGAAGAAACAAGAAGACAACAUACUAAAACUCGACAAACAACAACAACAAUACACCGACUUAGUCGAACCGGAUCUAGAAGAACUAGUCGAAGGAAGAGACCACACCAAAGGAAGAGACCACGCCAAAGGGCGAGACCACGCCAAAGGAAGAGACCACGCCAAAGGGCGAGACCACACCAAAGCCGCCUACCAUCAACCCGACGAAGACGAUCAAUCCCAAAUCGAAGAGAUGAAAGCGCAACUGGAGCGCAACGCCAAAACCAUCGCCGAGCAGCACAACCAGAUCCUCGCUCUCGAGAAGAACCUCCAGGAGCUGAACCAGCUGGUGCGCAAAACCAUCAGCGCCGAUCAGGAGACGUUCAAAGACAUCGACAGGAAAUUCUCCGCGCAAAGCGACGAUUUGGAAUCCCUGCAGAACGGUUUGACGGUGAAGAUUAGCCAAUGCUGCAACUCUGGACCUCCAGGUUGGACCAAAAACGGCGUGAAGACCAAUCCCAGCCAGAAUCACGGCAAUCACGGCAAUCACGGCAAUCACUUUGGCAGAGGUCAUUAUUAGAAUUAGCUUCAAUUAUUAGAAUGUGUCUAUUACAGUUGAUAUAAAAUUUUAUUGAUUGUUAAA